AUGGCAUCGCGAUCGGCCCUAAACUUUCCAGCGCGCCUUCUAUACUCUCUCUGCACCAGAUCCGUCGGCCCCGAGGAAAGGCAUGAUUGUCCGGAACGACCAGGAAGGAGAGAUUGCAUGAUUACUGCAGAUAGAAAAGUGAGCCCACAGGAGGCUGCUGAUAAGGAAAAUGCCAAGAGACCGGCCAUUACAGGGCUGCUUGAUGCCUCCCUCGCCUCUAGAUUUCUUUCCGAUCCAAUCAUCACCAAUAAGUGUGAUCAACUUGCCAAAGACGAGUUUGUUGUUCAAAGGGCACAACAACUUCUGGAGGCACUCCAAGCUUCUACAGUUCUCGAGGAUGGGGCGUUUAAUGACUCUGCAUUCGAGCAUUUUGCUCUAGUUAUGAGAAUAUGGAGAAAUGAGUUGUUCAAUUCCGGGAUUCAAGGAUUGCUUGUCCAGGAUUGCGUCGUUCCUGACAUCAUAGAAAAACUUUCGAAUGAAGUGGAAAAUGAACAAAUUGGAGAACGUAUGUGUCGUAUCAAGGCAGAUCACAACUUGAGUGAUAUUCUCCAACUCAAAAGGCCUCCUGCUACAAUGAUAAGGGGACUUUUGAUCAUUUUACUUGGGUACUGGAGUUAUAAAAAGCUGCCUUUGCCUUUGGGGUUUGAUGAAAAAUUGAUGUAUGAUGGGGCCUUGUUUUCCGCUAAACUACAUUGUGAUUUAGCACAUGAAGUUUUGGAGGAUCCCCACUUCAUUCAAUUGCUUAGCGAGAGCAUUAAGAUGGACUUUGACGGCCGUCGGUUUGUAGAAAAAUAUGGCAAACGGGCUAAGGUUGGAAAUGAGGAUGUGUUGGCUACAGUUAAGAAUAUCAUUAAAGAUCCUGGCUUCCAUCAAUACAUGGAGCAGAUUGAAAAGAAUGAAGUUUGUGCUGCUGUGAGAUUUUCUUUGAGUAUUUUAAUCGUGCACUGGAUGUACGAUGAUGUGCAUGAGAAGGUUCUGGUGAAACUUGAUGAAUAUGCUCAAGCGGAAUUGGAUGCAAAAGCUGAAGCUUGGAAAGCUACGGGUUAUGACAAUGUAGAGGCCAAAAUCUGUUAUGUUACUAGAUUUGCUGGUGAUUUAAAGGGUCUGAAUGAAGCUUUGGUUAAGGUGUACGGUAAUAGAUCUUAUAAGCACGUUUUUGAUGAGAUUAAGAUUGUGCAAUUUCAUGGUGAGGCUAUUACUAGAAUGGAUCAGUUCGACGUCACAAUGGAAAUGAAACCACAUUUGUACAAGGGUGUCUGCGAAUAUUGUAGUCCUCGAAUCCAUGAGUUGCAUGCAUGAUGACUAAUUUGUUGGCUCUAAGCUAUGUGUAUCAACUUUAGUAUGGUAGGUUUGCAUGUGAACUGGCCUAAUGUUUAUGGGAUUUAAUUCUCGUAAUAUUAUAUUUGGAGAAACACCAUAAGUCUUUUGAUAUGAAGCAGAUCUUCAAUGCAAGAGUUUGAGCUCAGUGUAAUUCGAUCAAUUUAUGACGAAUUGACGAAGCAAGUCAUACUCGACCACUCGAGCACAUGUGGAGGGAAUUUAAGGUUUAGACCCUGAGAGUGGCCAUUUGUAUGACUCAUUCCAUGUUGGUUCAAUAUUCUAUGUUUAAAUAUAUAUUUACGUGUUUCUUAAAAGUCAAA